AUGGCUCAUGAUCCUAUUUCUCCAAUUAACCUUGUCCCUUUUGACGAUGUUCAAGAGCUGAGAAAGGCUAAGCCAACAACAAUUCCUGAAAGAUUUGUUAGGGACAUGACAGAAAGACCAACACUAGGCACAGCUUCACCAUUUCCUGAUACUGUGCCCAUCAUUGAUUUAUCAAGGCUUGUCAAAGGCAACAACGAUGAAUACGAAAGUGAGAUGUUGCAGCUGACAAGAGCUUGCGAGGAGUGGGGAUUUUUUCAGGUGAUUAACCACGGGAUUGAUCUGAGUUUGCUGGAGAGCACUGAGAAGUUGGUCAAGGAUUUCUUCAUGCUGCCUUUAGAGGAGAAGCAGAAGUAUGCAAUAGUGCAAGGGGCUGUUCAGGGAUAUGGACAGGCCUUUGUAUUUUCGGAGGACCAAAAACUGGACUGGUGUAAUAUGUUUGCGCUUGGGUUUCGGCCCCACUCUAGAAGGAUCCCAAAACUAUGGCCAUCAAAGCCACCAAAGUUCAGUGAAACUAUAGAGCUCUAUUCAGUGGAAGUGAGGAAGCUGUGUAAGCAUCUACUUGAAUGUAUAGCCAUGACACUAAACUUGAGAGCAGAUUUUUUUGAAGAGAUGUUUGGGGUGGCUGUGCAAGGCUUAAGGAUGAACUAUUACCCACCAUGUGCAAGACCGGACCUUGUUUUAGGUCUUAGUCCUCAUUCAGAUGGAAGUGCCCUUACAGUGUUGCAGCAAGAGAGGGGUAGUCCAGUAGGGCUCCAAAUCCUUAAAGACAACAAAUGGGUGUCAAUUCAGCCUAUUCCAAAUGCAUUUGUCAUCAACGUUGGUGACACUUUAGAAGUCUUAACAAAUGGAAAAUACAAGAGUAUUGAACACAGAGCAGUGACUCACAAGGAAAAAGACAGACUCUCUAUUGCCACAUUUUAUGCCCCUAGCUAUGAAACAGAGCUUGGACCAAUUCCAGAACUGGUGGAUGAGAACAACCCAUGCAAGUAUAGGACAUACAAUCAUGGAGAGUACAGUAAGCACUAUCUAACUAACAAGUUGCAAGGCAAGAAAACCCUGGAUUUUACUAAAGUUGAAAGCAAGAAACCCACUUAA